AUGCGAUGGCCAUGGUCCUCCGACUCGCAGGACAAAUCGCAUCCGAACUCGGACAACGAUAAACACCACUUCCCCACGCCCUGGUCCUCCUCACCAUCCUCCCCCUCACCCCGAAACUGGGAUACCUCCCUCAACGCGACCGACUGGGCCGCAUUCACAGAGACCAGAACCCUCGUCCCAACGCUCAUCCUAACAGGCUCGAUCCUGGCCAUCGUGCGCAUCCACCGUCGCUACUUUCGCCGCUUCCCCGACGCUACGAGUAUCGCGCCAUGGUUCUUUCGGAGAAGGAGUAUUUAUGGGCAGGUGACUAGUGUGGGCGAUGGGGAUAAUUUCAGGCUGUAUCAUACGCCUGGGGGGAAGUUGACGGGGUGGGGGUGGUUGCCGUGGAAGAAGGUUCCGACGCUGAAGAGGGAGUUGAGGGAUAAGACGGUACACGUCCGUCUAGCUGGCAUCGACGCCCCCGAACUCGCCCACUUCGGCCGCCCUGAACAGCCAUUUGCUCGCAAUGCACACACCUGGUUAACAUCCUAUCUCCUCCACCGUAAAGUCCACGCCUACGUUCACCGCCAAGACCAAUACCAGCGCGUCGUCGCGAGUGUUUACGUCCGCCGCGCGCUAGACUUCCCCCCGUUCCGCAAGCGGGACGUCUCGUACGAAAUGCUGAAGCGCGGACUAGCGACAGUCUACGAGGCGAAAUUCGGGGCAGAGUUUGGGGGCGAGGCUAUGGAGAAUAAGUACCGGAAAGCAGAGUGGUGGGCGAAAUGGAGGAAGAAGGGAUUGUGGGUGGAUUUCAGCGAGGAUGGGAAGGAUUGGGAGAGCCCGAGGGAUUUUAAGACGAGGAUGGGGGCUGCGGAGACGACGCAUGAGAAGGAGAAUGGGAAGGGGAACGGGAAAGGGAAGACAACAGAAGAGAAGAAGGGGUGA